AUGAGCGGCCGAGUGGGAGACCUGAGUCCCAAGCAGGCAGAGACCCUGGCCAAGUUCCGAGAAAAUGUCCAGGAUGUGUUGCCCGCCCUGCCCAACCCGGAUGACUAUUUCCUUCUGCGCUGGCUCCGAGCUCGGAAUUUUGACCUGCAGAAAUCAGAGGCCAUGCUCCGCAAGUACAUGGAGUUCCGGAAGACCAUGGACAUUGACCACAUCCUUGAAUGGCAGCCCCCUGAGGUGAUCCAGAAGUACAUGCCUGGGGGCCUGUGCGGCUAUGACCGAGAAGGCUGCCCUGUGUGGUACGACAUCAUCGGGCCGCUGGACCCCAAGGGCCUGCUCUUCUCGGUCACCAAGCAGGACCUGCUCAAGACCAAGAUGAGGGACUGUGAGCGCAUCCUGCAUGAGUGCGACCUCCAGACAGAGCGGCUGGGGAGGAAGAUUGAGACCAUCGUGAUGAUAUUCGACUGCGAGGGGCUGGGGCUGAAGCACUUCUGGAAACCCCUGGUAGAAGUGUACCAGGAGUUCUUCGGCCUCCUUGAAGAGAAUUACCCAGAGACCCUGAAGUUCAUGCUCAUCGUGAAAGCUACAAAACUGUUCCCUGUGGGAUACAACCUCAUGAAGCCCUUUUUGAGUGAGGACACUCGCAGGAAAAUCGUAGUGUUGGGAAGCAACUGGAAGGAAGGAUUGCUGAAACUCAUUAGUCCUGAGCAACUGCCUGCCCAGUUUGGGGGGACCCUGACCGACCCAGAUGGGAACCCCAAGUGUUUAACCAAGAUCAACUACGGUGGGGAGAUCCCCAAGUCCAUGUACGUGCGGGACCAGGUGAAGACUCAGUACGAGCACUCAGCGCCGAUCAGCCGCGGCUCCUCCCACCAGGUGGAAUACGAGAUCCUGUUCCCAGGCUGUGUCCUCAGGUGGCAGUUCGCGUCGGAUGGGGGUGACAUCGGCUUCGGGGUUUUCCUGAAGACCAAGAUGGGGGAGCGGCAGCGGGCCGCAGAGAUGAUGGAGGUGCUGGCCAGCCAGCGCUACAACGCCCACAUGGUGCCCGAGGACGGGAGCCUCACCUGCCCGGAAGCCGGCGUCUACGUCCUGCGCUUUGACAACACCUAUAGCUUUGUCCACGCCAAGAAGGUCAGCUUCACAGUGGAGGUGCUGCUCCCGGAUGAGGGCAUGCAGAAAUACGACAAAGAGCUCACCCCUGUCUAG